AUGAUCAAGAUCUGGAGCAUGAAGAAGGAGGAGGAGUCGGCAAAGAAGAAGAAGCCCAAGACCUCGCCCGCACAGCUUCGCGUCCAGAAGGACCUGACCGAGCUGGAGCUGCCAAAGACCAUGAAGACGGACUUCCCAGAUCCAGCAGACGUGCUCAACUUUACCCUCACCAUUGAGCCCGACGAGGGAAUGUACAAGGCCGGCUCGUUCAAGUUUACCUUUGCCAUCAACAACAACUACCCGCACGACCCGCCCAAGGUCAAGUGCACGCAAAAGAUCUACCACCCGAACGUCGACUUGGAAGGCAAUGUGUGCCUCAACAUCCUGCGCGAAGACUGGAAGCCCGUGCUCAACCUCAACUCGGUCAUGGUCGGUCUGCAGUACCUCUUCCUCGAACCUAACGCCGACGAUCCACUCAACAAAGAGGCGGCCGAGGACCUGCGCAAGGAUCGAUCGGUGUUUGCCAGCAACGUCAAACGCAGCCUUGGCGGCGGAGCGAUCAAGGGAACCACAUAUGAUAAGGUUGUUGCCAAGUAG